GAGAAAGCUUACAAAUGGCGUAAAGGAGUUAAAACUACAUUUGUCAUAACUGUUGGAAUUUUUUUGAGUCGUUAUAAUACAUUUUAGUUAAAACUAGAGAGUCAAUAUUUCAUUGAUCACUUUAAAAUGUCUUCUACCAGGGAUUCCAACCCUCCUUCUAGUUAUAGCAAGCUUCCGCCAAUCAUAACAAGCCAAUUAGACAGAGAUUUUCUAAAAGAUGUCAACAACUUUAUAGAUUCAGAACUUAAAAAAGUGAAUAAUUUGGAUGAAGAACAAAGAUACUUGGUUUAUAAAGCUGUUUUCAAUAAGGUAUUGGUAUUAGUAUUAUUCCAGUAUUUCUAAAAUUUAAAUAACUUAAGCUUAUUAUUAUUAUUUAAUUUAUUAUUGCCAAUGAUUGGCAAAUAUAAAUUGGCCAAUGGAAUAGUCUGCCCAGGGCCCCUAAUGCUCUGUGAGAAUUUAUGUGGAGACAUGGACAUGAGACUUAGGACUACCACAUAUAGUGGGAUGGAACAAAAAAAAAUGGUUGACCAGGCCCGCUGAUCUUAGUCUUAGUAAAUGUUCUAGGCAGGGUUGUUAACAAUACUAAAAAAAAUUAUUGGCAAUACCAAUACCAAUACUGCCUGUAAAAUCUAUUGGCCAAUACCAAUACAAUUUUAAAACCAGUAUUGCAAUACCAAUACCAAUAUUUAUUUAUUAUUGCCUUACCAAUACCAAUAUUUGGGUCAUUCGACAAAUAAAACGCAAAUACGUAAUUCAUCGCUCUAUAUCACUUACAUCGAUAAACGAUAACUACAUUUUUGGCUAAUUUAGACAAUGUAUUUUUAACCAAAUUUUGUUCAAUAGUUAACACUUGCUUCAUCAGUUUUCCUCAAAGCGUUCAAAAGUCUUUGACAACAUAUUAAAUAAGUCGGCAUACCUUAACGUCCUUAAGCAACAAGAUUUUUAAUAUGUAUACUGUACACAUAUUGUGAAUGAAUGAAUGGAUGGAUGGAUGAAUGAAUGGAUGAAUGAAGCAAAUGACUGUCAUAGAAAAGCAAAUGAUACAUAAACGGUUAAACAUCAUACUAUAGUAAAAACAGUCAGACCGAGUCAGUGGAUUGCAUCACAUCUGGAAAACUAACGAUGAACGAUGAAUUUUAGUAGAGUUCACAGGGUAACGCCACCUAUUUGGCCGUUACCACUUAGCCAGGCGAAGAAAAGUAACCAUUUCAAAAUGCGCACUGCUCAGUCGUGAACGAAGAGGGGAAAAUACUCGUCCUCCUAAUGAAAACAACCUUUCAACAGCAGCGCUUGAAGGAAGUCCUGUAUUCAGGUCUAUGUAUAUUUUACGGAUAUGUGGAUAGGCAUCCAAUGAUGCAAUACUGUCUGAAGUGUCUGCCAAGUAAUUAUUAAUUUCUUGAUUCACAUCAGGUGAAUCAUUCACACGAUGUCGUCUGGCUGACAAUCCAGCGAAGAAGUCUGGCUGAUUAUCUGUACCAUCAGCAGCAGCCGACGUUGCUUUCUGAUCAUCAGUAGGAGCAACCAACAGUGAUUGUGAAACGCGUCUCUUGAUUUGAUUUCUAUUAUCAUUCAUUUCAUUGAUCAGUCUCAUUCAAAAAUUGUUUGGCAAUGUCACUCGCAAGAUGGCGACACCAAAGAAAAAUUUAUUAUAUUCAGCUUUAUUCACAACCAAUGUUGUAGAGAAUUUAUUGAAUAUUGCUUUUAGUAUUGGUUAAAAAUCAAUACCAAUAUCAAAAAUAAUUAUUGGCAAUACCAAUACCAAUAUCAAAUUUCAAGAAGUAUUGCAAUAUCGUCCCAAUACUUAAAAAAGUAUUGGCAAUACUACCAAUACCAAUACAAUAUUGCAAUAUUAACAACCCUGGUACUAGGUCAGGCAUUCUCAAAAUUAAAAAGAUAAAAAUAACUAAAUAUAAAUAAUUUAAUUAUUUUAGUUUUAUUUCUUUAAUUACCUUUAUAGAAACAAGAAUCAAGAAAAAAAAUGCACUACUACCAAUAAAGCGCAAACAAAAUAAUUAACCAUAAAGUCAUUUACUGGUUCUAAUAAAAGGUAAACAAUCUGAUUAAUUUAAGGCAGCAACAACAAGCAAAUACAAUUUUAUUAGUCUAAUGCACCACAGGGGUGCUCUCACCCCUGGUUAAGAACCACUGUUCUAGGACUAAUGUUUCUGACACAGGUGGUGUAAUUCAGUAUCCAUGGGAUAUGAAUUUCUUUAGGGUUUGUAAAAGACAGUAGCGGACAUAGAGACUUUAUGACGAGGGGGGAUGCAGGGGUUUCUGAUAUUAUGUUUGAAGGGGGGGGGGGUUAAUUUUUUUUCGAAGAUUUUGACGAUGGGGAGAGGGGAUGAAAAAUAAACAAAAUUGAGUUAUGUCGCUUAUGGAUGGCCCCUUUAGUAAAUUAUACUAAUUUAUAAUCCCCUUUUAAAACUUUAAUGAUUGAGUUUUCAUAUUUUUUUUUGCUUUGAAUACUAUCAUAAACGUUGCUAAUUUUCUAGGAUUUUAUGCAUUUGAAAACACAUCUAUUUCGCAAACACCUGCUUGGGUGAUGUUGUCUACCAUCUUUUCCAGCUAGCUAUUAUCUCCUAGAUGUAUUUGGCCUGUGUUGUUUAUGGUUGCAAGGGAUGAAAGACUUAGAAUGGGUAUUGAAAGACUUUGGGUAUUUCUAUGGGUAGAAAGACUUUGACUUGGUUUUUAUAUGCAUGUAAUUAGUUUUUGUAGUGUUGCGUUUGUUUUAAAUGUGGUAAAUUAUAGUUUUUUUUUUUUUUUUUUUUUUUUUUUUUUUUUUUUUUUUUUUUUUUUUUUUUUUUUUUUUGUUAUUUUUAGUUUUUUUUUUUUUUUUUUUUUUUUUUUUUACUCUUGUACCGCGCUUCGAGCCUUUGGGGAUGAAUCGUGUUUUUGAAAUACACUUUAUUAUUAUUAUUAUUAUUCAUGUUGCGUUUUGUAUUUCAAUGUGGUAUGAUAUAGAUUUUUUCAUUUCUCUUUUAAUAUGGUUGACUUUGUACCUGGCUUUGAGCCUUUGGGGAAGAAGCGUGAUUUUCAAAUAAACUUUAUUAUUAUUAUUAUUAUACAUGACAUAACUGUAAGGUAUAUUUUUCCUAAAGUUAGGGGCCCUCCAUAAAUGAUGUCACAGUAUUUUGGGCAAUUUUUUACCCCCUCCUGCCCAUCAUCACAAAUCAUCACACGAUUGUAGACACCCUAAUCACAAAUAUGUUACCCUCUACCUCAAAGAUGCAUGUCAUGAAUGGUCCCAAAUGCAUUACCCUAAUUGUGAAUUAAAAAUGGGAUAAAAUCUGAAAAUAUGCAUAGAGAAGAUUUAAUAUAUGUUUUAAUGUUGGCACGCAUUAAUAAUAAAACCAUUUUUUGAUUCCCUAAAGGUGAUUGAACAUGUAACAGCCUACAAGCCUGUGCUUACACGUAUUCAAAAGGAAUAUGAGGAUACAAUUGAGAUUAUCAAAAAAGGGCAGAGAGAGGCUUCUUUUCUUCAAAGCAAGUUAAAAGCCAUGGCGUCUGAACCCUCUACUUUGAGAAAUUACAAGAAAAGAGCAGACGAGUUAGAGGAAAGGUACUAUUAAAAUUUAUUUGCACUUAAAUUAUGUAAAAACCGCUUACCGCUCUAUAUAAUAUAAAUAAUUCCUUAAGAGCAACUUUUUUAAGCGCAAAAUAAAUACUAUUGACAAUAUUAAAAUGUAGUGCUGUGAAAUUUCAUAACAUUUUCUUUCUUAAAAAUAUUAAUACAACAAAAAAGAUAAUUCACUUUUUAAUCAUAAAUCAGCUGUUCUUGAACACAUCAAUAGAAAUGAAUUCAUGAUUCAAUAUGAUUUAAAUGAUUUUGAACCCUUUAGAAUAGCUUUAGUCAAUAAAGAUAAUCAAAGACUACAGAAAGAGAUCAGAGAAAUGCAAACACUCAGAGAAGACAGAGAGAGGAGACCUAAAACAGCAGAAACACCCAAAAGACAACUAAAGACAGACAACAGAUUUAUUCCAGGUACAAAUACUUCCGGUUAUCAAUGAAUAAAUUGAAGUGAAUAAAUGUAGAUGUUUACAAGGUAACAAAAAUUAUUUUUAACUGAAAUUGAAGUGUAUACAUAUUGUUAAAUAUAUAAAUAUUAUUAAAUGUAUAUAUAUUACUUAAUGUAUAAAUAUUAUUAUACAUGAUGAAUCCUUACUUUUAUUUUUAUGCAUUUGAGUAUUUAAAAAAUAACUAAGAAAUUACAAAUGAAAUCAUGAGGGGAACUUAUUAUAUUGCAAAUUAUUUUUAUUUUUAUAAUUUUGUAAAUCUAAGGCUUGACUCUUGAAGAGACAACUGACAUGGAUGUUCUUGAGAAAAAAUUUGAAACUCUGGACAGACAGAUCAGAGAGUUGAACAUAAGUUUGAAGGCCAGAUUUCUUCCUAAAAGCCACAAAAUGCAGCUAAAAGAAACCCUAGAUGCCAAGGCUCUAUACAGGGAUCAGUUACUCAUGCAGACUCAGGUGAACUCAUUGCAUUCAGUUUUGCUUUAUAUACCAUUAUGUUAGUCCAUGAAAGGAAAACGAAAAUUCUACUUUUUCUCCCCAAUUUGUGUUCCAGGCUUUAAUCUGGAGCUUUGUCUUAUCAUAGGUCUAUAAAGCAAGGGGCCUGAAGUUAAAAAUUGCACUGGAGGCAGCCCAAGCAUACAACCAGAUGAAGCCACCCCAUCAGACGGUUGGUGAUGCUGUGAUGAUAGCAUUUCAUCAAGCAUCGAGGAGUUUACAAGAUGAGAGAGGUAAGAAAUCUUCUGCUUCAUCCCUUUCUCAAUUUUGUUUUACGAAAUUGCUUUGCAGGAAAAUGUUCAAAAGUUCUUUGAUUUCUUUUUAAGCAUUACAAAAUAUCAGGUGUGGCUAAAAUUGUAAAAGAUCAAAAGCAAAGAUUGAAAUAUUUUUUAGUGUAAAAAGAAAACAAUACAAAGUGGUUGAAGUGUUUGUUCCGGUUCAUUUCAGCUUAUCUGAAAUGUCAACCUUCAAUUAUACAAUUCUGCAGGCUUUAAUGAUGAGAAAAUUAACAUUACUUACAGAUCAGUCUAAUGGAGAGCAGGCGGAUGCCUUGGCACAAUCCACAGCGGUAGAGGAUGAUGAUCCUAAUAAAGAAAAAGAGGCAGAAAUGAUGCUUGAGUACAUUGAAAAGUUCAACGAAUUGUUUGAGGACGGUCUCUUUGAGGAGGCGGCUGUCCAUGCAGCGAACAGCCCUAAAGGCAUUCUCAGAACACAGGCAACACUUGCCAAGUUCAGAGGUGGGUUGGCAUUCUCAGAACACAGGCAACACUUGCCAAGUUCAGAGGUGGGUUGGCAUUCUCAGAACACAGGCAACACUUGCCAAGUUCAGAGGUGGGUUGGCAUUCUCAGAACACAGGCAACACUUGCCAAGUUCAGAGGUGGGUUGGCAUUCUCAGAACACAGGCAACACUUGCCAAGUUCAGAGGUGGGUUGGCAUUCUCAGAACACAGGCAACACUUGCCAAGUUCAGAGGUGGGUUGGCAUUCUCAGAACACAGGCAACACUUGCCAAGUUCAGAGGUGGGUUGGCAUUCUCAGAACACAGGCAACACUUGCCAAGUUCAGAGGUGGGUUGGCAUGAUGAAAAUAUUUUAGGUUGAGGUAAAAAAAAAACAUGGGCCUAUUAUUUUCAAGGUAAAGGAUAUAAUUAGCAAAUUCAGUUCCCCCUUGCUAUUUAUUGUGUGACUUGGUGUCUUCCCAGAAGACAUGCAUACUUCAUCGGGAUGAUCAACUACUGUUUCAAUAAUGUCCUGGUUGUUAUUAAUUCAGAUGUUAAAACAAAGAGCAAAGGGAGAUCACCACUGCUGGCAUUCUGCGAUGCUGUGAUGUCAUCAGUCAAGGCGGCGGGGAAGAAACCAAAUGAGGCCCUGUCCAAGGACUGUAUAGAAGCAGGACUGAAGGAGAACAGGGUGGAUCUGGUCUAUCAUUGGUUAGCACAAGACAGGUGAGUGUGUACACAUAACUGUGAGAGAAGUCUAUUGAUCCCUAAGACCAUGUUCAUCUUCCACGACUUCUUUUCCUUACACAUUUAACCCUUGAUAAAUAAUAUUCAGGCAGACUCUUUGAAGCAGAAGUUUUUGGUUAGGAUAAAUUUUUAAAAAUAUUUUUUGAAAUUCUAUUUUAUAUGUUUUAUAUAAAUCAAAACAUUUGAUGAUUUUUUAAAGAUUUGAUACAAAACUAUAUAGAUUGAAACUAAUAAAAAUCCCUUCUGAUUGUUCUAUGUGUCUGACUACCAGCUGCAAUGAAUUUUAUGUAAAUUUCAUAAAGGCGUAUUAUCAUUUAUCAGCCUAAAUUUUAAAAACAUAUUUUCCUGUGACUGACAAAAAUAAUGAAUUAAAUUUUCAUCAUUAACAUUUUAAAAAGGAAACAAAGAUUUUUUUUUUUCUUUUCCAAAGAUUUUUUUUUGCAAUAGACUUCCCUUGUUGAUACUUAGGUUUGAGUGGAACUCUUCUACAAUAAAAGGGUUGAACAUCUCAAGGUUGUAUAACAAGCUGUGUAAAUAAAACAAAAUACAUUCAGAUUUAAUCAUGAUUUUACAGAUGCAAAUGCCUUCAUUGAUCCAACUCAACACUCUUAUAAUUAUUUAAUCAAGGUUUUAUACAAAUGUUUUUGAGAACUUGAAACUGCUAUCUAAGUUCUAUCAAAAGAUUCACAUGACUUAAAUAUUGACACAACUAGGGCAUAAACCAUUGGUCAUUCCAUUAUGUGAAGUAAGCACCUAUUCAUUACUCAGAGACCAGUGAGAAGAUGGAUUUCACUUGUAAUUGUUGCACACCAAAUAUUGUGUUUUAUUGUGUGUGGUGCGUCUUGUGUGUUCGUUUAGUUAAUGAAGGGUUUGGUGCUAUAAGGCUUUUUUUGCUGUGAACUAGUGUCUUAAGUCUGUCUUUUGUGUACCUGCUUUUCUAUUUGUUUUAGCAGUUGGAGUCUGAGCUUUGAGUGAGAAGGUUGCUUGGUAUUUUAGCAGUGGACUGCGCUCUCUGUGUGUUUGAAUUAUUGUAUGACAUGAUGUUAGUUACUUGUGUUCUGUUAAUCAGAUUACUCCACAUGAAGGAAGUUGAAACUAAUUAUUAUGACAGCCAGCCAAAAGUGACACACCAUUUUGGCUGAUUUUUUAUUCCCCUCUUCCAAUUAUCACAAAUCAUCAGAAAAUGUUGUUUCACAUAGCUCAAUUCCCCCCCCCCCCCCCCCCCCCAAUCCUUGUCACACACUGUCAAAUAUAUGUGAUCCCACACUGGACCCUAAAUGUGUGACAUCCUUUUUGGAUGGCGCCUGGUAUUAGUGACACAAAAUUAUUCCCAGAUUGACCUUGACCCAAGAGAUGGGUGUGUUGAUCACCGAGCACUGCACCUGCCAACUCCCCUGUCUAUGUGGGUGCCAGGCUCUGGCUCAGAAUGUGUUCGUGAGACUGAAAGCCCAUGAGGAUGUUGUCAAGACAAUGUUGAAACAGGGCAAGGUUCAGUGUGCCCUUCAGCAUGCCAGGCAGUGGCAUUGCAUCACCUCGGACAAUGUUAAAGGCAUCCUCAUGUCCAAUGUCUGCCAGCAUUUAAUCUUUGGUCUUAUGGAGACUGACCACCAGAAGAAAAAGCCCUGUGAGUACAUUUAUUGUUGUAAGCUUCUUCACUUGAUGUGCUUUCAUUAUGUGAGGCUCUACGAUUCAUUGUUCUAGUUUAAGAAAUUGAAUGCGUACAAUUUCAUCAAAGCUAAUCACAUUUCCAUUUAUUUGGAUCAAUAAAAAUAGCUCAUCUUAUUUCCUGUUCAAAAAUUAUGUUAAUAUACUUUAAAUUAAUUUCUUAAUUUAUUCAUUUGAAUGAAAUUUUAAUUUCCGUAAAUUAUGAAAAUUAAAAUAUAAUGUUAUGUAUUUUACUCAUAAAUAAAUGAAUUCUUUCUUCUCAUGGAAUUAUUAAAUUCUAAUUGUAAGCUUUUUAAGGGAGGGACUUUUAACAUCGUCAGUUUAACUCCAUCAUCGAUUAGCCUUUUUACCCAUUUUCAUAUUUAUUUUCCAAUUAUAUUUAUGGAGACAUUUGAGAAAUUUUUUGUAUCUCUAUACUCAGUGUUUAUGAGUCAAACCAAAUCAUGUACAUCAAAUGUUACUGAAACUGUUUUUAGAGAAUUUAAAAAAAUUAAAUAUAUAUUUUUUAAAUUAAACUGUGAAUGAUUAAACUUUCGGCCCUUUAAAUACAAGCAAGGAUGACAAUUUUAAAAAUUUCAUUAUCAGAAUAGAAGAGGACAUUGCAUGGUUGCACAUUAAACAUUAAAUCAUUUAAAAAAUAAGUCGCAUUUUUGAAAUUAAUCUAGGAUAUUUGUUUCAAUGUUAAACCUAACUAUUGGAAGUGUUAUUUAUUUAAGUGUUAAACCUAACCAUUGGAAGUGUCAUUUGUUUCAGUGUUAAACCUAACCAUUGGAAGUGUCAUUUGUUUUAGUGUUAAACCUAAUUAUUGGAAGUGUCAUUUGUUUCAGUGUUAGACCUAAGCAUUGGAAGUGUCUUUUGUUUCAGUGUUAAACCUAACCAUUGGAAGUGUCAUUUGUUUCAGUGUUAGACCUAACCAUUGGAAGUGUCAUUUGUUUCAGUGUUAAACCUAACUAUUGGAAGUGUCAUUUGUUUCAGUGUUAAACCUAACUAUUGGAAGUGUCAUUUGUUUCAGUGUUAAACCUAAUUAUUGGAAGUGUCAUUUGUUUCAGUGUUAAACCUAACCAUUGGAAGUGUCAUUUGUUUCAGUGUUAGACCUAACCAUUGGAAGUGUCAUUUGUUUCAGUGUUAAACCUAACCAUUGGAAGUGUCAUUUGUUUCAGUGUUAAACCUAACUAUUGGAAGUGUCAUUUGUUUCAGUGUUAAACCUAACCAUUGGAAGUGUUCUUCUGAGUUUACGUGAUCUCAACAAGCCUGAAGAAGCUGCCGAUCUGAUCCAUGCCAUGUUACAGAAACCAAGGGACAAAAGAUACGGUCAGUUAUUAUGACCUGAUGACUCUCAAGAACAAAAAAAAAAGAAACUACAUUUAGAUAACCAAAUAUAUCAAGAAUGACAACCAGGGAAUGAAUAAAAUCAUUAAAUUGAGUUGCUGCUCUUUGUCCAUUGAUAUCAUGACAUAGAUUUAGGAUGUUAACUGGUUCAGUACAACUGGCGUGUCACAGUACCAUUACACUUAUACAUCAUUGUUUUUGUCAAAGAGCAGUUUUUCAAGAUACACACUUCAGUAGAUUGACUUGACUAAACAUACCAUGCAGAGCCAUGAUUUGGUCUUUAUGCUUGUAGUCAAACCAACUAGUAACUUAUUUCAACAUAUUCAUACCAAAGUCAGAGUUUACUUUCAGCCUAAAUUAAAUCAAAAUUGCAUGUCAAUUUUCUGUUUCAGAAAAACUAGGAGCUAUUUUACCUCUUCAAAGGGCAAUAACUCUUGACAGAACAACAUCACCCGAACAGUGGGGAAAAAUUAUCGACUUCUUGUCUACGAAUGGUCAGCCAGAAAUGUCUGUGCAGCUCCAGGCGAUGGCUAUCGUGGUCAACAUACUCUGUCAUGCUUGCACUAUUGUUCAAGAUGAUCAGAGAAAAGGUGUUUCUUUUUCACUGGGUGUCCACACCAGGUUUGACUCCGAAGACGAAGAUUCCAGCCACGAGGUGUCUUCUCGGUCAUGGGAAACAACUUCAAGGGAUCCGUCUUCACGGGAGAUGAGUCCGGAUGUGCCUCUGAUGAGGAAGAGCCCCGGGGAAUCCAUACUGAAAAAAAGAGUUAUCGAAGACGGCAGCUCACCGGAUGUGGCCCUUAGAAAAACUCCGCUUCCGUCCGCCAUGAAGAAAGGAGUUCGGCUCAGUGGCUUUACAAGUCCUCCACCAAAAGUUGCCAUCGACAUGCAACAAGAGGAUCAGAGUGGACCAAAGCGGCCAUUGUCAAAAGUUGGUGGAGGCAUACGGCUGAUGGACAAUGACCCAUACACAAGUAACCCUGAGUCGGCCGGGGAGAGUGAGGCCGAGUGAAGUGUAAUGGGCGGCACAGGGUGGGACUGUGGAUACCAAACAAGCAACACAGGGUGGGACUGUGGAUACCAAACAAGCAACACAGGGUGGGACUGUGGGUACAAAACAUAAGACAACUUUUGUGUGACUUUUGAGGGGAGGUAACCAAGAUUAAGUGUAAUAAAAAGGAAUAAUGAGAAGAAGGGAACUGUAAAGACUUGGUAGAGGGAGUUAAGGCUCAGAAUCUAAGAAAGAUGUUUGAUUUACUAUUCUCCUCACAUGAUGUGAAAAGCAUGAAUAUGAAAGUGAUAUUGAAAUCAGCAGAAUUCAAAUGUGAAUAUCUCUAGAUGGAACUGUGAAGAUGAUAUUUUGAGUGUCUCCGCCAGCCACUGGACAUGCAGGGAAAAAAUCCAAAGUAAACAAGUAUUCUUUUUUUAAACUGUUAUUUUCAUGAUAUUUUUUAAACUGUUAUUUUCAUGAUUUUUUUCAAAUGUUGUUUGCAUGAUUUUUUUCAAAUGUUGUUUGCAUGAUAUUUUUCAAAUGUUGUUUGCAUGAUAUUUUUCAAAUGUUAUUUUCAUGAUAUUUUUCAAAUGUUAUUUUCAUGAUAUUUUUCAAAUGUUGUUUGCAUGAUUUUUUCAAAUAUUGUUUGCAUGAUUUUUUCAAAUAUUGUUUGCAUGAUUUUUUCAAAUAUUGUUUGCAUGAUUCCUUUUCAAAUGUUGUUGGCAUGAUUUUAAAAAAUAUUGUUUGCAUGAUUUAAAAAAAAAUAUUUUUGCGAUUUUUAAAAAAAAAAGAGGAAGCAGUCCGAUAAAAUGUUUGAUACAAUUUGUUUACAAAAUAAGACAACUAUGGGUAAAGUUUAUUCUUGCUAGUUUAUAUUUUCAGUUUACUGUAGUCUACUGUAAAGUCUUGCUGUCAUUAAGAUUCUUUAUUUAAUUGGCGAUAUUUUUAGUAGAUCAAAAAUAAAUUGGCCAACUUCUAAGACUACUGUUGUUAUUUUUUUUCAACUUCAUCAUGUGUAACUCUAGGAAGUAAAUGAAGUUAAAAAUAACUAGGUAUGACCAAUGUUAAAUUAUUGGACCUUAUCUAUUUUUAAAACAAAAUCAAUCGGCCAAAGUCCCUUGUUCAGUUCAGCAACAAAAAGGCAGAGAAGCCCUCAGUUCGAUUUUUUUUAACUUGAAAAAUGAAUUUUGAUUUUGAAAUGUCC